CCUCAGAAGAAUGAACCUCUCUGUCUUCAUCCCCACCCCACCAACAAAAAAUAAGAACGAAAGAAAAAGAAACGUCUCCUUCUUGACACGCCUCUCACUCGCUUCUGCUUUUCUUAAAGCUACUCUCUCUCUCUCUCUCUCUCGCCCCUAAGUCUCUCAGCCCCGCCAUCUCACUAGCGCUCCGAAGCUCUCUCGCUCGCCUCUUCUUUUGGCGCUUGAACAUGGCCAUGCUCGAUGCUCUGGACGACGGGGAGUUCUGGCUCCCUCCCCAGUUCCUCGCCGACGGCGGCGACCCCUUCGACUUAGUCGCGGCGGCGGUUGCUGCGGCCGCCGCGGCGGAGAAGAAGGGCCUCGGCCCUGGCUCCAACCCUUGCUGCGGUGGGUACUCGGGCCUCAGCUCUCCCGUCGAGUCGGUGUUCGGUUCCACGGAGACCGAGAGCGACGAGGAGGACUUCGUCAUCGCCGACCUCACCCGGAUAAUGGCCGCCUCUGCUCUUGGCGGGGAGGGUCUCAAGAAGCCCACCUUCUCUGAUUUUGCUCGUGCUUACUCCAAGGGACGGUGUCUGUCUGUUUCGCCGCAAUCGACGCUGUGCGGUUGCCGUCAAGCUCGGCCGCCUUUACAGGCCUCGUCUCCUCCGGGCGACUGGGAUCUGCUGCGCGAGGCCGCCGGGGAGGCUGCGAGGAUGAGACUCCACAAGUUGCAGCAGCUUCACGAACUCGAGCGCGGCACAAAUGUCCCGGGUCAUUACUUUUACCCGAGGCAAAUCGCUGCGAGCCCCAUCCCUCCGGCGAAGAACCCUAACUCGAACGUCAAUUUUUACCCACACCAGUCGCUUUCCUACCAGCUGAUGCUGUUCGAUCAGCAGCUGAAACAGCAGCAGCAGCGAGAUUCUGGGGCUUGGGGAUCGCAACCGAAAGCGACGCAACAACAGCAGCGAAUGGUGGUCCAUCAAGUGGCGAGAGACGACGACGCUAUUGUCUUUAACCGGAACGGUGGUGGCCGGACCACCCUGGGCUUGUCCCCGUCUGCAUGGCCUUCGCUCCAGCAGUCGCAGCGUCCGCCACAGCAGCAGAGCGGCCGCCUCCAACACCACCAACUCCAGAACGGCACGGGCAUGCGGACGGUGCUCCUCGGCACUCCUCCGGCCGCCGCAAAGAGGGAGUGCGCCGGCACCGGCGUGUUCUUGCCCCGCAGAGCCGGGUCUCAACCCGAACCCCGCAAGAAGCCCGCUUGUCCGACGGUGUUAGUACCGGCCAAAGUGGUUCAAGCUCUCAACAUGAACCUGAGCUCUCGGCACGCUCACCAAGGGCCUUCGAGCCGUCGUCUCGACGGACGUCUCGCUCCUGAAACUGCAGAUGGUGUCUGGAAGUUCCCGGCGAGCGGGCCCUGCGCUCAGCCGCGGCGGAACCUCCGUGCGCAGCCGGUGAUGGGCCAUGAAGUCCGGCUACCGCAGGAGUGGACGUAUUGAUGCUCUCACGGUGACUUCCAUACUAGGGUUUUUAUUCUGGAGGAGGAAGCUGUUAGUAUUAGGAAGGAAGAUGGAAGGGGAAGACAUAGGGUUCUUUCUAUUUUUAAUAUUUAGAUUAGGACGAAUAAUUGGAUUUUUACCGCAACAGUGCAAAUUGAAGGAAAGAA